UCUACUGAACACCGCUUUUCCAAGGAAGUAGCGUACAAUAGCACUGACGCAGAUUAUUGAGUCCACACUGUCUGUCGUCUGUUCUCGUGAUCCCAGCUUGCACUUUCUUGUAUAAUAUAUGUUGUUAAUCGGAGAGAGAUACUGAAAAACAAGUCCAGCACGGGUGAACUUAACUUCUUGCCGAGAUGACGCUUCCCUAUACCCAAGCUUCCACGAUGUAUCGUACAGUCAGCGUAGGUUCGGAUCCUUCAGGAACGUUUCUGUCUCCUGGUAGUGACGGCGGAUCGAUGACCUACAGGACCCUGAACGUACCCUCUCCUAUGUCUCAAGUACAGUACAUAAAUGGUGCCAUGGACGGAAAUGCUCAUAUCAGUGACGGCGGAGCGAUGACUUACAGGACCCUGAACGUAUCCUCUCCUCAAGUUCAGUACAUAAAUGGUGCCAUGGACGGGAAUGUUCCUAUCAGUGACGGCGGAGCGAUGACCUACAGGACCCUGAAUGUAUCCUCUCCUCAAGUACAAUACAUAAAUGGUGCCAUGGACGGAAAUGCAGUUUAUGGUGGUGUGCGUUACCUGGUCCCUGUUCAGAGGAACGAUUCUUCCUACGUAGUGGUCAACCAAGCUGCGCAGGUUAGGCAACAGGUUAUGCCACAGCAGGUCUUGACGCCUGUAUACUUGCAGAACUACGGCGUACAGAGAGGUAGCGCCAGCAGUGUGGACGAGGCUGAAAUAGUUUACCGUCAUGUUGAGGUGGAUAAUGGAAAAGCUCCCUCCGUUUUCAGCCAGACUUCAAGUCCCGCCAAGAGCCCAGAGCCGAUCCCUCAAGAGGUACGCAUACCGAAAUGCAUUUCGCAUUGGCACAUCUGCAAGUCCACAUUCGUACAUACACAAAACGGGCAGUGGGUGCUUCUUUGA